GAACGAAGACUGGGAACGGACACGACAACUAAAAAUCUUCUGAAACAUCCGGAAGUCAAAGACAUUGUAACUAAGGCAGUCGCAGGUGUUGAUGGCGAUGCCUAUAUAAUUGGAGAUUCUGAAUGGGCGGACGGCACACAAUCUGAUGUACUAUAUGCUCCCAAGGAUGAAUCACUUGGGCAUGCCCCAAUUAUCGUUGAAGUACAGCAUUCAGUAUUGUACCUUAGCUUAUUAGAGGUUCCAAACAUUACCUGUAUUAGUUGUUUUUUAUAUCAAUGC